UUCCGUUUACGUUUGUUCAUGUUUUAAGUUGUAGCUGCGGGUGUUUGUGAAAUGUCUCGUCCGGGUCUGAGCUGUCCGGGCUGCGGAUCCUCAAACAUAGUGGACGAUGCUCUGUACUCUCAAGCCCAGCUGGUGUGUGUGGACUGCGGCUCGGUGGUGUCCGAGGGAGUCCUGGCCGAUGAUCCCGUAGGUGUAGGAGGUUCAGAUGUGAGCUACAGCCGGACCACAGCUGUAAGCAAAAAGCCGUGUGCAAACCUAAUUAAAGGUCUGCAGCGUCUCAAAGCCAUGUGUCGCAUCCUCAGGGUUCACGGUGAGAUCGAGGAUCUCUCAAACACGUAUUACAACCAGGCCUAUCAGCACGAGAGCUUCAUCAAGGUGAGCCUCCAGAAGAAGGAAGUUCUCGCCGGCUGCUGCGUGCUUGUGAGCUGCAGAUUGCUCAAUUGGCCGAUCACCAUGGGAACCAUCAGCUGCCUGCUGGACGUCGACCCCAUGGUGGUGGGAGUGGUCUAUCAAGAGAUGGUCAAAGUUCUCCACAUUACGGCUCCGACCGUCAACGUCACAGAUGUGAUGGAAGCGCACUGUCAGGAGUACAAAAUUAGCUCAAGUGAUGUUCCUGAAGAGUUUGCAGAGGACUCCAGGGCUCUGUCUAAACGCGCCGUUGCCUUGGUGGAGCUGGCAGCAGACACCUGGAUAGUGACUGGCAGGAAGCCCAUCCCCAUCAUGAUGGCGGCUAUCUAUUUAGCAUGGCAGUCAUUGAAACCCAACAAGCAGCGGCUGAAAUUCUCUCUGGACAAAUUCUGCCAGCUUGCCAAAGUGAAUAAGCUCAGGCCAGCUAUGAAGAGAAUAACGGAGAUGAAGGAGGUGCUGUGUAAGCUGGGGAAGGAGAUUCCGUGGGUCAGAGUGGAGGUGACACUGGAAAAUGUGAUCUUGCAGGUGGGGGAUAUUCUGAAUAACAGGUACGCACUGCUAAGAAGGGCUAUGAGGACCCACGAGGACGCUCUGCUGGCAGAGUGUCAAACCAGGUGCGAGGACUCUCUAACUGAGGAUGACACUCCCUCAAAAAUCCUUGAUGGGUCCUCUGUGGAGAAAUGUGAAGUGAAUACUGAAAAGGCCCAUCAAACAGGAGAUGAAGAUGGUGAUCUAUGCACAGUACCUGAGCAGCAUGAUGACACUCAGGAGAGCCAGGAUCCAGCUCCAGACUGGGGGAAGAGAGUGCUGUUUGCGCCGCCAUGUGUGGUUCAUGCUAAGAAAAGGCGAGUAGAGCAGCCUGGGCUCAAGGAUGUCACUGGUGAUGAGGAGAUCUCCGACAGUGAAAUUGACUCAUACAUCCGUUCUCCUCGGGAAGCCAGAGAGUUUGCUCUGACACAAAAGAUGCUCUCAGAGAGCGAGAAAUCAUAACAGGUUUCACAUCCAGACCGAGCUUUCCGUUAAUUGGUUUCUUGUUAUAUAAGAAAAAACAUAUUUUUGACCCUUAAAGUUUCUUUUGAAGGACUUCUAUUUGCAUUAAAGUCUUUAUUUUCAUGAGAUCACUUUAAGAUAUGCUACAACCUUUAAAAUGUAGCGUAUGCAGUUCAAGAAUAUAUCUUUUGGUUUACGUUUAAAUUAAUAAAAGUUUAAAGUGGUAAAAAAAAAUGUGAAUCUAAAUUG